AUGGAGGGAUUAUUCACUCUGCUCGCUCUGAGCAUUGUGAUGGCAAUUACAUCUUUUGUCGUCGGCUCAUUACCUCUCGCUUUUACACUGUCGCCCUCUCAACUCCGCUUAAUAUCGUCCAUUGGCAUGGGCGUUCUGGUGGGGACGUCGUUGAUCGUGAUUAUCCCCGAGGGCAUUGAAACUCUCUACAGCGCAAACUCCCUCACUCGCAAGCAACACAGCACACGGGCAACCGCUAUCGAAUGGCAGCACCAAUCCCCCGCCGUGGCCACUUUUGGCGCCAACGGAGACAGCGUCUCAAACCUACCCUCCGAUACCCCUGUCCCGGGUCUCCUUUUGGAAAGAGACCAACUCUCGGAGUCACAAACACUUUAUGUCCGAACGGAGGAUUCGACUGGUGAAACAGUUGGCAAGGACACAAUUCACGGAGAGGAGGAGAGUUCGCCGCAUGCCUGGGUCGGAAUCGCCCUCAUCAGUGGUUUCAUUUUAAUGUACCUCGUCGAUAAACUGCCCGAAUUCGCAACGCCGACUAAGCACGACCGCACCCCUUACCAUAUCUCCUUGGAUAAUCUUGGAUCUGGGUUGCGGCGGGGUUCCUCCCCUUCGCGCGAUGGACUAAUUGAUGCGAGCCACGCCUCCAGACGUGGUCACAGCUUUGCGACCACGACCGGCCUAGUGAUCCACGCCGCGGCGGAUGGCAUUGCUCUAGGCGCUUCCAGCUCGGAUGCCGGGCUCAGUUUUAUCAUAUUCUUGGCGAUCAUGGUGCACAAGGCUCCAGCGUCUUUCGGAUUGACAUCCAUCCUGCUCAAGCAAGGGCUGUCAAGUCGCACCGCGAGAGCGCAUUUGCUGGUCUUCAGUCUUGCAGCUCCUUUCGGUGCCUUGGCCACUUUCCUCUUUGUACAGAUGAUGGGAUCUUCCGGUGCCGAUGAGGCAGGCACUCACUGGCGCACUGGAAUGCUACUGCUUUUCUCUGGGGGUACCUUUUUGUACGUUGCGAUGCACACUAUGCAAGAAAACGGCCCGGGCUCAUCCCCGCGCGAACUUCCUAUCAACGGAUAUGGUGACCGAGACCAGGAUGGAUCGGACAAGUCUAUGAGAGACUUGAUUGCAUCUGUUUUGGGCAUGAUCUUGCCGCUAUUUUUGCAGAUUGGACAUGCUCACUGA